AUGUUCAUGUGGAGGCGCAAGACUGAGCGCAAGACAGUCCAGCGCGACAUAGGAACAGGCCCCGCAAGCAACUCCGGGUUGGGAUCGAGUGACUCAGUAACUGCGCAAUGGUCCAGCGAAAAAGUGGAGCCGGCCUAUGACUCGAUUCUCGGAGUCUUUUGGCGGCGCAUCAACUUGGACGCGAGCGUGACGGCGAAUCACGGAGCAGGAUCGCUUGUCAAGUUUGAGUUGCCCUUCCAUGCUCAGUAUCGUGAUGGUUGGCUGUUCCCAACGUUUAUGCCCUCAGGAAUGCCUCUCCUGGUUGAAUCAUAUUCACGCAGUGCCGACUCGGAUGUGCCUCAAGCAAAGCCAGUCACGAAACCGCCAUCAGUAUUGCUGGAAUACUUCGCUUAUUGGGUGAUCUCGGAUCCACCCUCGACAGCCCAAGGACUGUCCCCGAAGUGCAAGGGGCUGAGACUUGACGCGGGCCGAGUAUUCCUUUUGAGGAGGAGUGCCGAUGUCCCACCUGGGAUCGAUUCCAGAGACUGCUGGACGGCGUCAUCUAUCGAGUCAGAGAGGUGGAAUGUUGGUGGCAUGUCGCCACGAUCAUUUGUCUAG